GCAGGCGCAGCGCGGUCGCGGGUGGGCGGAGCUGUUCGGGAUGAGCGGCGGUGGGACGGAGACCCCGGUGGGUUGCGAGGCCGCCCUAGGUGGCGGCAGCGGCGGCAAGAAGAAGGACUCUCUGGGGUUCGCGGGCUCGCCGGCGCACCUUAUUAUCAAGGAUCUUGGAGAAAUUCAUUCAAGGCUCUUAGAUCACAGACCAGUUAUCCAAGGUGAAACCCGUUAUUUUGUGAAAGAAUUUGAAGAAAAACGUGGUCUUCGAGAAAUGCGAGUUCUUGAAAAUUUGAAGAAUAUGAUCCAUGAGACAAAUGAAUAUACUCUUCCAACGUGUAGAGCAACAAUGCAAGACAGCUUAAACCAAGUUCUCCAGAGAUUGCAAGCAGCUACUGACUCGGUCCGUAGACUCCAGCAGAGGGAACAGGAGCAAAAAAAGAUUCAUAAUGACCUUUUAAUAGCUAGUGAGAAACAGCACGUGACGCAGUGGGAGGAUUUCAUGAAAGAGCAGCACAGCAAGCAGGCAGAAGUGGACGAGGAGCACAGGAAGGCCGUGGAGAAGCUGCGCGAGCAGUACGCCGAGAUGGAGAAGGGCCUGGCAAGGUUCUCAACCUUCUGAGAACGUGAACCACAGCAGUGACGAACUAACGAGAAAAAACUGACGUUCCCCCCUCAAAAAAAAACCUCCCACCAAACCAUUUAGCCUCUGCUUCAAGCUUAGCAAUAUACUCGAUGGCACUCUUCUGUCGGAAGAUGGAGCCCUCUCCUGGAGGCUUCCCUGUUUCCUAGAGGAGUGCCACAUCUUUCCAGUUUCAAGUGCCUCUAAAUGAUCAUUCAAAGGGGAAGGAGUUGGAGGAAAGCGGUAUCCACGUGCUCUCGGUUAAUGUGGACCAGUCUUGCUUUCCAUUGAUUGAUUAUCUCGGAGAACUAACCGUAAGUACAGACUUCUUAGGGAAGUAAUUUAAUUCAUCCUUCUGCAGGGUUAAUGUUAGUUUAUCAUUGUGGCUUAGAAAGCAGAGAUGGUGUCUGCCUGUCGUGGCCUCCUUGGCUCUUGAAGGAAUGUAUACAGUGUUAUUCGUGAGUAAUGUAGACAGAAACAGCUGUCCUGGGAGCAGAGAUCAUGUUGAAGAGAGAGGAGCAUCAGAACUGCGUCUCUGCUGUGACAUGGGGCCACGCUGGUCUCUGAGCGGCCCGCUGGGAGAAGUUGUAUAAUGCUGUGUUUUCGCUGGACAACAAGACACGCUUGUUAAGAUUGUGGCCUUCCAACACUUCAUGUUUUCAGCUUUGUUUAAAACAUGCUUACAAGGAAAAGCUUACCAGAAACACGGUUGACUUUUAACCUUUCCAAGAACCAUAAUCUUGCCCAUAGUCUUUACCUCAUUUUUACGUCUGUUUUUGCUGUGGGUAAGCUUUGUAAGAUAAAUAACGUCUCUACAUGUUUCAGCCAUUUAAUGAGUAAUCAGCAAAUUCUGCCAAGGCCUCCCUCUGGAACCGUAUAAAGAUCCUGGCUCUGAGUAAACCAGAAGUAUUUGCCCACACGGCAAAUGAUCCAUGUUAAAUGUAAAUCCUUUUUAGUGUUGAACGUCUGUUCUCAUAAGCAGGUGUAUUAUGAUGAAACAUGUACCAGUUCUGUCAUCACUGUGAUCUUUAAAAAUCUGCAUUUAACAGUCUAAUUGAGGAACAAAAUAGAUUUUUAUUUACCAUGAACCAAGCAGAAUUAUAUGCAAUAAUUUCAAGAGAUUUAUGGCAAAUGAAUGAGGUAUGGAUAGACCUUUCAGGUCUUUUCAUUGCUCUUCAGUGAAGAGAGGCACAAGAAAGAAAAUACCCAGCUCGCUUGUGUUAUCUUAGCGUUGCUCCUGCAGAAAAGUGACAAUGCCUGCCUGUGUAAAUUUAUGGCUUACUGUCAAAGCUUCAUUCUUGGCUGCAUGUUGAAAAUGUGAUUAAAGUUAAUAGAGGAGAUGAAAUAAGUAUUUGAAAUUUCUUUCAAUAACACAGAACUUCUGCCAACUCCCUCUGUCCGCUACUGUAGGCUUGACAAGCUCAUCCAUCAUCCUCUGGUACCUGGACCAAAAAGAGUACUUGCUGACACGCAGGCAUGUUGGAAUUUUCUUAAUUCUCUUUUCAGUGGAUGGAAAAAGAAAACAUACUUCCAAAAAUAUCCUGCACAUGAAAAGGGAGGGGAACCCUAAAUGAAAAUUCCCUUUGUACUGUAGGCAGUUUCAGAAGAGCUAUUAAUUGCCAGUGCACCACUGAACAGAGGCUGGAACCAGGAAACCAGGACCGUGCGUGUGAGCAGUAACGAUUCCUCCACUUGUGCAUAGAUUUUUGACCAUGUUCAUUCAUGUCGUGUGAAUAAUAAAGACUUUACCAUAUGA